AUGUCACUUCUUAAGCUUCUACUCCUUUUAGUAAUCAGCCUAAAACACUUGUUAACAUUUAAAUUAAAUACUACAUUACCAAGUUUCUUUUUAAAUACGUCCACAAUUGUGCAAAACAGUUGUAAUAAUAAUAUCUGUAAAAAUAAAAGGAGUUUUUCUUUAUAUGCUGUACCGAAGAAGAAAAGCUCACACAGAAGAACAAGAAGAAGAAAAGUAGCAUGGAUGAAAAAAAAUCCAGCAAAAUUGUACAGAACGAGUUCCUAUGAUAUGGACGAAAUAAUGCGGUAUACUGACAGAAAACUGACAGCAUAUUAUACGACGAGAGAUAGUUGGCUACAUCUGCCAUCAACAACCCUAAUAAAUGAUUUUUUUUUAUUUAGAGAAAUAAGGAACUAG